AGAUUCUGCGCCCAGCCCAGCGUCCUGGACCUUUAAGAGGCAGAUAGGCAGGGCUGAGCAAAACGCUCCCCUCCUCCCCGCAACCCCCUUUGCUCUAACUCAGCCAGUCGCAGAGGCUGGAGCCGAAGAAGGAGCGAGGCGGGGGAGAGAAAGGGACGGAGCUGGGGAGACAACCAGCCGAGAAGAAAGAAGCUGGAGCUGCUAGGGCAGAAGGUCCCCUAACUGCCCUAGAGCGUGACCCUCUCAGGAAUUCCGGCGCCGGACCUGGGACUGGCCUGGCCACGAUGAAAUUGUUGCCCCUCCAUGAUCCUCAGCUACUUGGACACACAGGUAAAACUCUGAUAGGAGAGAGGGGAAAGGUGGAUGGAAAGUGCUGGAUUAGGAGAGUUUUGACAAAAAGAGAUGGACUCUAUUUCCUCCUGCUGAACAGAGUGACCACAGGCACGUCUUCUGGCUCUGUCUCCAUGUCAUGGUCCUUUCGGAUGCUCCCUUGUCCAGGAGCAAUCCAGGGUUAAAUAAAGGAGAUCCCACCUUUCAGACACAAAUGGCAGCUCUAGAUCUUGUGCCCCAAAAAGGGAAAGGAAAGGAUGGAGAAGUGCCCAGGUCUUAGGAUGAGCUAUCCAGCAGGGGUGAGAAGGGGAGGAGAAGAGAUUUAGAUUCCAGCUUUAGGUACACCCUUGGGAGAGAGUUCUGGCUGCUUCUGAGAUCUUCUAAAAGCCAGGAAAAAAAAACAACCUGUUUUUUUUUUUCUGAAGGCUGGGCCAUUUGCCCUACCCUUUGAUUUUUAGGCUGUUUACAACCCAGAGGAAAUUGAAGGCGACUAUCCCUUUUUCAAUGGAAUGCUUGGAGUCCCAGCCCUAGAUAUCACAUGUGAGAUAUCAUGCAAGGUUCUGGGAAAAAUACAAAAAAAUGAAACAAAUCCACCUCAAGAGAUAUUCUUUCUAUGGGGGAAGACAACAAGCAAAUGAAUAAAUAUAUAGAAUAAGCACAACAUUAAGCCAACAUAGUUAAAUUCAAGGUAGUUCGAAGGGAAGGCACUAGAAAUUUUCAGGGAGGAGGGGAGCAAUCAGAAGGUGGCUCUUGAGCUGUGUGUCUUGAAGGAGGAGAGAUUCUAGAAGGAAGAGGUGAGGACAGAGUACAUUUGAUAUGAUGGACUAAUUCCAGUGGCUCUCAGAGUAUAGGAGGGGGAAUAAAUGGCCAGUUUAUUUUUUAUUUUAUUUAUUUAUAUUUAUAUUUUUCUUUAUUAUUAUAUAUAAUAUAUUAUUUAUAUAGGAAGGGAGGCAGCUUAGGUGGCACAGUGGAUAGAGCACUAGACCUGGAAUCUGAAGGAUCUGGAUUCAAAUUUGGUCUCAGAUACCUCCUAACUAACCCAGUUUGCUGAACCCUUGCCUUUCUGUAUUGUUGUUCCCAAGACAGAAGGCUUAAAAUAUUUUAAUGCUUUUUUUUUUUACUGGCUUUCGUGAACUCUGGCUCCCAAGUUCCUCAUCUGCACAGUGAGGUGGUUGUAUUAGAUGGCCCUAGGAAUGAGUGUUCCAACUCCCACAUUCCAUGAUGCAACCUGGCCAGAACACUGAGAAGACAUAGGAAAGCUGGAGGAAAGAACCUUGUGGAGGAACCAAGAGAGAAAAUACUCAUGGGAAGGAUUUCAAGAUUUGGAAGGGAUUUACAGAGGUGGGAGUACCUCGCAGUGCUCCAUUGCCACUAAGGCAAGGCAAGAAGAGCAAAGUCUCUUCUGAGCUUAUUCGUCUAAAAUCAGGGCGUUGAGGUGUAAGAAGAUACAGAAUGCAGACUAGACUGGUUCUUAGACCUAGCUUGGUUUCUCUUCUUUUAGAACAGAAAAACAUAGGCAAAUGCAAAAUCUUUCCUUUGUUCCUAAGAGUAACUCUUUUUUAGUGGUAUUUUUAAAAUGUAAUAUGGUUUUCUUCUCUUCCCCAGUCUUUAUGCCUCCAGUCUUCAUCCUGAAAAACAUAGAAGAACAUGGGUUUAAGAGGUAUUUGGUGAGGGGUAAGAAGGUAGCCCAAUGGAAAGUGUCAGUUCUAGAGUCAGGAGGACCUGGAUUCAAAUUUGACCCCAGACACUUCCUAACUAAUAAUAAUAGAAAAAAGAUGGGAAAUGGUGAAAAUUCAGUGCAAAAAAGUAAAUCUGUGAGUGAUAGUACAUGCAAUAAAGCAAGAGAAAAGCAGAAACAAGUAAGAGAGACAGAAAUAGAAAUAAAAGAAAUUAUUUCACAAGUUGAAAAUGAGAUGAGACAGAAAAGCUGCACAGUAACUACACAGGAAAAGGGUGUGAAGAAAAUAAAAUCUUUAUUAGAGAACUUUUUCCAAUGUAGAUUGGGCAAUGGGAUUGAAUUGUGCAGAAGAAAGGACAAUGUCACAAGAAACUCAAGCAAGAGUUUGUGACAGAUACAGAGACACAUAAUUUCAAUUCCCAAAUUUGAGGAUAGGUUUGGCCUCAGAGAAAAAGAGAAAAGAUAAGAAAAAAUAUUUCUUUCUUUCUUGUAGAGAGCUGGAGGAUUAUGAGUGUGGAAUAAUAUAUGUUCUGUCAGAAUCAGCUGACCAUAAAAUUAUAGUUAUAACUGGAAGAAACCUUAGAGGUUGGUUAGAACUUCUCAUUUUCUUUUAUUUCUUUUUUAUGAUUUUUACUUUGGGUUAUAUUUAAAUUUAUUAUUACUUCUAAGUCAGAAGAGCAAUAAAGGCUAGGUAAGUGACUUGAUCACGGUCACACAACUAGGAAGUAUCUGAGGUCAGAUUCAAAUUCCUAUCUCUAGGCUUCUCAUUUUAUAGAUAAGGAAAAUUGGAGAUUUAAAAAGUAACUUGACCAAUGUCACACACAUAGUUAAAUCAAACCCAAGUCCUCUGACCCCAAAUAUGGAGCACUCCAAAGCACUGGCUCCAAUACAAUAUUGAUAAUUACUUUUAUUAAUCUUUUUCUUUUUUGUGAUUCUUUCAUUUAUUUUAUUAUUAUUAUUCUUUGUUACAAGGCAGGGACACUUGGCUGAGUAGAGAAAGAAGAAGGAUAUAUUCAGGGGGAAAAAGAUGGGGAAACUGAGGCAAAUGAAGGCAAAGUGACUUGCCCAGAACUACACAACUGGUACCUUCUGUGCAGUCCAGGAGUCGUGAGUGCCAUGGCGUCCCCCUUGCACAGCAUUCAGUUGCCUCUGGAUGACGAUCUACUGUUGAUGCAGACUGGGUCUGUGCUACGCAAAGUGAAAUCCCGAAGUUGGAAGAAACAGCGAUACUUUAGACUACAGGAUGAUGGAAUGACCGUUUGGUAUGCCCGGCAAGCUGGUGGAAGAACUAAACCCAGCUUCUCCAUUUCAGAUGUGGAGACAGUGAGGGAGGGACAUGAAUCAGAACUGUUGCGGAGCCUGGCAGAUGAAAUCCCCCUAGAGCAUGGUUUCACAGUUGUUUUCCAUGGGCGCCGCCCCAACCUGGACCUGGUGGCAGGCAGCAUCCAAGAAGCACAGAGCUGGGUGCAAGGGCUUCGGCGUCUGCUGGAGAUUAUUACUAGCAUGGACCAGCAGGAGAAGAUGGACCAAUGGUUGAGUGAUUGGUUUCAGCAGGGAGACAAAGACCAGGAUGGAAGGAUGAGUUUCCCAGAGGUGCAGCGAUUACUACGUUUGAUGAACGUUGACAUGGACCCCGAACAUGCUCUCCAGCUCUUCCAGGAUGCUGACAAGUCAGAGUCGGGGAUGUUGGAAGGAGAGGAGUUUGUGGAGUUCUAUCGGGCUCUGACCCAGCGCUCGGAGGUCCUGGAACUCUUUGACAUGAUCUCAGGUGACGGCCAGAAGCUGACGCUGCUGGAGUUUGUGGAUUUCCUUCGGGAAGAGCAAAAAGAGGGAGAGCAGGCUUCUGACCUUGCCUUGGAACUAAUCAGUCGCUAUGAGCCAUCGGAGAGUGCUAAACUGCGGCACAUCCUGAGCAUCGAUGGCUUCCUGGCUUACCUCUGUUCCCCAGAUGCAGACAUCUUCUCUCCAGCUCGCCGACCCAUCUACCAGGACAUGAGCUAUCCACUGAAUCACUACUUCAUUCACUCCUCACACAACACUUACCUGCUGGGGGACCAGCUUCGAGGACAGAGCAGUGUGGAAGGCUACAUACGGGCUCUGAAGCGGGGAUGUCGCUGUGUGGAAGUGGAUGUUUGGGAUGGACCAAGUGGAGAACCAAUUGUUUACCAUGGACACACUCUGACUUCUCGGAUCCCCUUCCAAGAUGUCGUGGCUACAAUUGCCCAGUAUGCCUUCCAGACAUCAGACUUUCCAGUUAUAGUGUCCCUGGAAAAUCACUGUAGCCGGGAACAGCAAGAGGUCAUUGCCCAACACCUGACAGAGAUCCUGGGAGAACAACUGCUUAGUACCACCUUGGAUGGGCUCCUGCCCACCCAACUGCCAUCACCAGAGGAGCUUCGAGGGAAGAUUCUCCUGAAGGGGAAGAAGAUAGGGACACUUGAGGAAGAACUUGGGGAGGCUUCAGGGGACCCCGAGGAGCUGGAAGAACCUGGAGAAGAAGAGGAGGAGCCCGAGCCAGAACUUGAGCCUGACCCUCUGGACUUUGAUGAGACAGCCCGAAAUGAGGGCAAGAGGAAAGAGAAGAAAUCAAAGAGUGCCCUGUGUCCAGCCCUGUCAGCCCUAGUCGUUUAUCUGAAGAGUGUUCCAUUUCGAAGUUUUGCUCACUCCAAGGCUCACUACCGCCUCUACGAGACAUCAUCCUUCUCUGAGGCAAAGGCCCGGCGCCUGGUCAAGGAGGCCGGGAAUGAAUUUGUCCAACACAAUGCAUGGCAGCUUAGUCGUGUGUACCCCAGUGGCCUGAGGACAGACUCCUCCAAUUACAGCCCUCAGGAGCUCUGGAACGCAGGCUGCCAGAUGGUGGCCCUCAACAUCCAGACUGCUGGGCUGGAGAUGGACCUCUGUGAUGGCCUUUUUGGUCAGAAUGGCAACUGUGGCUAUGUGCUGAAGCCAGCUUUCCUGUGUGACCCCCAAAGUUCCUUCCACCCUGAGAGGCCAUCCAGUCCUACUCUGACUCUUCUCAUUCAGGUAAUCAGUGGUCAGCAGCUACCUAAAGUGGCCAAUAGCAAAGAGGGCUCCAUUGUGGACCCCCUGGUGCGGGUUGAAAUCCAUGGAGUUCCGGGAGACACAGCCCGGCAGGAGACCAGCUAUGUGGAGAACAAUGGUUUUAAUCCCUAUUGGGGGCAGACCCUGCAAUUCCGGGUCCGAGUACCAGAGCUUGCCCUCCUACGAUUUGUGGUGGAAGAUUAUGACAGGGCAUCAAGGAAUGACUUUGUUGGGCAGUACACACUGCCUUGGGCCUGUGUCCAGCAAGGUUAUCGUCACGUACAUCUCCUCUCUAAAGAUGGUACCAGUCUCCACCCCGCUUCCAUUUUUGUGCACAUUCAGAUCCGGGAGGAACCGGAUGAAGAUGAAGACUGAGUGAGAAGCAUCAGCAGGAGUUUAGGUCUCGGCUUCCUCAAGCCUUUUGCAUCUUCCCUGCUUUCUGCUCCGUUCUCUAGCUCUUCCUGGAAGCUGCUCUUUUUGUUGUGGUCUCUGCCCUGAACCAGGCCUAGGACUCUAACUCCCAUACUGGGCCAAAGGCUACUGCAGAGAUGAAGAGGAAGCAUGGGGAUAAGGAACCCAGAAGGAGUACCUGGAGUUUCCAGGCAGAGCCAUGCAUCCUUUGCCAUAAGUAUGGCACUAAGAGAAAGAAGCCAGGCCUCCAGGCAGGGCCUGUGGGACAGCCAGGCCAUCCACCCUGAACUUCACGGUGUCUGACCUCUGAAGAGUAACAUGCAGUUCCUCUCUUGGAUUUCCCGUUCAGUCUAGAGUAUGGCUCAUCCUUGUUUCAGAACAGAGAGAUGUGCAAAGGCAGAAAGAGGGCCUGAGCAAAGAAGAAAGGCAGAGGCCAGCUUUGCUAGGAGUUGGGGACAGAAGGUAAGAUAAAGGGAACAAAGUUGCUGAAUAAGAAGCAGAAAAGUGCCCUAGUGAGGUGGAUGGCAAAGAAGGGGAAGAAGGAAAGAAAAAUGCAAAAGGCCUGAAGCCAAAUCUCACCUAAGACUCCUGGAUCAUGGAGGGAGGCCCUGGAGGGGCUAUCACCUCCAGAGCCCUCUUUCCCCCACAGGGUCUUUGCCCUUCAGCUCCUGAAAGCUGCUGGUCAGCUUCUGGGCGUGUCUCAGGGCUGGGGAUUCCUAUGGAAAAAGAGGAAAUACAACUGUUUAGCUGUUUUAGGACUCUCUUUUUGCUAAAACCUCCUUUAUCUGAGCCUUUCUCAGAGCUGGGGUGAGGCUUGGGACUAAUGUAGGGGCCCAGGGAAUAGGAACAAGGAUGAGAGUGAAGGCUUGCAUUAGUUUUGUAUCUGAUCCAUUAAAAUGGAAAGAUUUCAGAGAACAGUCCAAGAAGGAAAGGGCAGAAUAAAGUGCCAGCCUGGUUAAGGUAUAUUAAGAAAAAGACAGACGUAAAUCUGAAGCUAGAGAUCACAUCCCGUUUAAAUUGCUCUGUACAAAGUAUAUGCCAUUAGAUGCUUAAUAAAAAUGUCCUGAUGAUGAUGAAA